CAUUUCUCUCCAACAAGUAACGCGGGGAUCGACUACCAAAAGCUUGUUCUUCAAUGGCGCCUCGCGCCUCUUCCUCGUCAUCCCAAUGCUCUUUUUCUUCGUCUGAAAGUUACUCAUCUGAUCAUGGAGGUCGACGCCGUCGACUAAGGGUCAAAGAAUCGCACAGAAUUCGCAAGAAGAGGAGAUGUCACACCAGCAAGCGCAGGCGAAGAAGCCCUUCUAGUGAUUCCUCUUCAUCUCAAGAAAUUUACAGGAGUGACCAUUCGUCCGAUGGCAAGCAUGAAGAAAUGGACCGUUCGAGGAAACACAAGCAUGAUGACAAACGAAAAAAGAUCAAGGACAAGGAAAGAGCCUCAACUCACAGGCACAAAAGCCACAAACACAAGCCGAAAGAGAAGCAGCAGAGAGAGCGGAGUAGCAGCCCGAUACAGCUUUCAAAGUUCCUUGGUCGUGAUAAAGAAGAUGAUGUACGCCGUAGUGCUGUCUCUGGUAAAAAGAUUUUGUUAAAACUUGACAAGUCGAAGGAAGACAAAUUGGCAGAAAACAACAGAAACAAAUUGCUCAAGUUCUUGAAUGCUAGCUAUGAUUGAACAUGAGAGUGAUUGAAUUCCUUCAGAGUGUCCACUGAAGGCAUCGGAUUUAUGGUUAAUUAAUUGAUUUGAAGAAUCUUCAAGUAUCCCGGUUCUUCAUUCCCUCACUGAAGCCCCGAACAUGAUCUUGUUCAGAAGUUGGGGCUGAUGUAAUAUGGUAACCCUAUCAAGAGGCUUGGUAUUGGGUUUCUCUUGUAGUUUUAGUCCUUAAAAAUCAUACGAGUAACUUGAUACUACUGGUCCUGGUGUUUAAGAAGGUUGUAUAAGUUGCUAUUUUUAAGUUCUUGGCAGAUUCGUUCCUCAGUGUUCAUAUCUUAUAUUUUGUUGGCCAAUUAUCAUUUUACAGGAUGAAAAUCAAGUAUAGAAUCUUGAAACUCAUAGAUUGUAAGAACCAAGACGCAUUCUAGAUAUUAUAAAAUUACAACUUUCUUGUGUUGAUGACA